CUCUGGGACAGCACUGGGGCCGGAGCAGGGAGGAGAAGGCCAGAAGGGAGGGAAAUCCUAAAAGCGGCCGGGGCAGAGCUGAAGGGACGAGCCAAGGUUACCGCGACGGCUGCCGUCUGGAACCUGAAACACUCCAUCUAUAACAAACACCCCUAAAAGAUAGGCAAGGGCUGGAGUACCGACGGUAUCUCCAAGGAGCUACAGUCCCAGCCCCGCGUACCUCACGGCGCAGCCCGCCGUUGGGACGCUAACUGCACCGGCAGUCGUUGGGUCUCCUCCCCGCCCCCAGCUCUCUUCAGCCCCAGCCGCCACCGAGGAAGCGGCGUUAAUUGGCAGCCGCUCCGAGCCAAUGGGCGAUGGCGGGGCGGGACCCGUGCAUGGCCCUCGCCCAAUGGCGGGGCGGGGCGGCUGGAGUGCAGGGACUGUGAUCACUGCCUGCGCCCUUCUCCCUCCGUCCGUCCGUCCCUCCUCCGUCCUCACCGUACCGCCGCUGGGCACCGGGCACGGGUGGCUCCCGGCGCUCCAGAUUCUGAAGGUGUUUGAGCUCUGAAUACUUGGAAGCUCACCAUACAUAGAAAUGUCUGGCUCAUACGAUGAUUCCGUCGGAGUAGAAGUUUCUAGUGAUAGCUUCUGGGAGGUUGGAAAUUACAAGCGCACAGUAAAACGAAUUGAUGAUGGUCACAGACUUUGCAAUGAUCUCAUGAAUUGUAUUCAUGAACGGGCACGAAUAGAGAAGGGCUAUGCUCAGCAACUUACAGAAUGGGCAAAAAGAUGGAAACAGCUUGUGGAAAAAGGCCCACAGUAUGGAACAGUAGAAAGGGCUUGGUGUGCUUUUAUGUCAGAAGCUGAAAAAGUGAGUGAACUACAUCUAGAAGUAAAAGGUUCACUGAUGAAUGAAGACUUUGAAAAAAUCAAGAACUGGCAGAAGGAAGCCUUUCAUAAGCAAAUGAUGGGAGGAUUUAAGGAAACCAAAGAAGCAGAAGAUGGAUUUAGGAAAGCUCAGAAACCCUGGGCAAAAAAGCUGAAAGAGGUGGAAGCUGCAAAGAAAGCAUACCAUGCGGCCUGUAAAGAGGAGAAACUGGCUAUAUCCAGAGAGACAAAUAGCAAAGCUGAUCCAGCACUAAAUCCUGAACAACUUAAGAAAUUACAAGACAAAGUGGAGAGAAGCAAACAAGAUGUACUAAAGACAAAAGAAAAGUAUGAAAAAUCACUUAAAGAAUUAGAUAGUGCGACACCUCAGUAUAUGGAAAACAUGGAGCAGGUAUUUGAACAGUGUCAGCAGUUUGAGGAAAAACGCUUACGUUUCUUUCGAGAAGUGUUACUGGAAGUUCAAAAACAUCUUGACUUGUCUAAUAUUGCAAGUUACAAAAAUAUCUACCGUGAACUGGAACAGAACAUCAAAACAGCAGAUGCUGUUGAAGACUUGCGGUGGUUUAGAGCUAAUCAAGGUCCAGGGAUGUCAAUGAAUUGGCCUCAGUUUGAGGAGUGGUCUGCAGAUCUGAAUCGCACUCUCAGUAGAAGAGAAAAGAAGAAGGCUUCUGAUGGAGUGACUCUGACUGGUAUUAAUCAGACAGGAGAUCAAGUUUCCCAGCCUAACAAACAUAGCAGCAGUCUUAGUGUCCAGAGUAACACAGUGCAGUCAGUACAAUCAAGUUACAAUCCCUUUGAAGAUGAAGAAGAUACUGCGAGUACUGUCAGUGAAAAGGAGGACAAUAAGAUCAAAAAUGUUAGCAGCUAUGAAAAAAACCAAAGCUACCCCACAGAUUGGUCCGAUGAAGAGUCCAACAAUCCUUUCUCUUCCACUGAUGCAAAUGGAGACACCAAUCCAUUUGAUGAAGAUACUUCUCCUGCAAUGGAAGUGAGAGUGCGUGCCCUCUAUGACUAUGAGGGCCAAGAGCAAGAUGAACUCAGCUUUAAAGCUGGGGAUGAAUUAACUAAAAUGGAGAACGAAGAUGAACAGGGUUGGUGCAAAGGACGUCUGGAUAAUGGACAAGUUGGUUUAUACCCAGCAAACUAUGUAGAACCAAUCCAGUGACAAAUGACAAAGUUAAUAUAGAAGUAUUACAAAAGCUCUGAAGGCCUGUACAGUAUAUAUUUAAAGUGAGAGGAAGCUGAAUGAUGUAUAGAGUGUAUAUAUUUUAAUGGAAAGGAGAGACAGCUUGAUAUUGAAAUCAUAGCGAUUUAAAGACAAGUUAGAACUAUUUUGAUGAUGUUUUCAGAAUUUGUGCACAAUGCAGUGGAAAGGGGUUAGGUGGAAAAAUAGUGACAGGAAAAAUACUACUUAAGCUUUCUCUUCCCACAUGUUCUGUUAUUGUGACUCUUAAACUUUUUUGCAUUUUCUAUGCUUGUGCCUCAUCCUACCCGAGGUAUGUGGCUUAUGCUGACUUUUGUUUAAUCGGUUAUUUUAAGUGACCUUCAGUAAUUUGCAAGUUGAAUUUUUAAGGUUAUUAUAGUUAAUUUUCUAUUUGUUCUUAGCAAUGUCUGAAAGAUGCAGUAUUUUUUUAUUUAAAUGCUAUGUAGUUAAGCACCUUUUUGUAUGCUUGAUCAAAUAAUACUUAAAUUAUGACAUAGAUUUAGUCACCAGUUGACUGAAUGAAAACUCUUUCCAUGUUGUAGUAAUCUUUGUCAGUGCGGCUUGAAGCUGUAAAACAAAUAUUGUAUUUAAUAAUUAUCUGUUACAGAAGGUUAUUUGUAGCAGGUGUCAUGGGUUGGGAUUCUGUUAUGAAUGUUGUUUAUGUGGUUUGACACUUAAAUGAGUUUUCCAUCUAGAUUUCAAAUAGCACUCUAUAAACGAAAAGAUAAAUCAUACAUAAGCCCCAGAAUACUAGCUAUUUCCAGCACGUUUGCAGGGGGAAAAAAAACCCUCCUUUUAACUGCUAAUGAUUUUUGGGUAAUUUGAAAUGUUAAAUCUGUGAAGACUAAUUUUUUUGAACAAAGAUUGUAAAAUAGACUAUAAUGCUUUUAUUAAGAGGCUAUCUGUUGUGUAUAUGUAUAUAUAAUUUGAUAUUCCAAAAUAUAAAGAGCAUGGCUAUUAGUUAUCAAGUCUUUCGAUGUGGAUAAGAUUUAGACUGUUUUAAGAGUUUAAAUUAUAGGUAUAUUUAAAUCUGCUUUCCUGCCACGUUCAUUACUGUACUAUAGACAAAGUAUUCUGUGAUUUAGAUUUUCGGAAGUACAGUAAAUACACUAACAUACUCAAAAUCUGUAUUUGUGGAUAAAUUUGUGGGUCAAAAUAUAAACUAGCAUUAGUCCUUACAUGGAUUAUUGUAGCAGAACACUGUAAAAAAACUACAUUUAUUUGCAGUUACAACUCAGUCAUCUGUAAUCUUGCCAAAUAGUAUAGCAUUUGUGACAUUUAAAACUGGGUUGUAAAUUACAGCAGAUUUGUGUUUUAAAAAAAUCAAUUAUCAGGUGAGUAGAUAUGCUACUUUAGGAAGCUACACUGUAAUUAAACUAACAAAUCUAUUUUGGGGUAACUAUAAAAUACUGUUGGUAGUUUUGAACUUUGCUUUUUGAGCUUAUAGGUAUAUUUAGUCAACGUUUUCGAUGAAUCAAAAUGUGCAAGCUUAGAAAGUGCAUGUAUGUAUGUGUCUGUUAAGGAAAACUUACCAACAUAAUUGUUCAUCCACAAGAUGGUUACUGAAUUUGUCAGGAAUUAUUGCUUUGGGUCUCCGUAUUGUAAUAUAUUUUAGAAAACAAUAAAAUCUGUUAAUCUCUUAAAUACACAGAA